UUCUAUUUCUAUAAUAUAAUUAUUAAUUAAAUUUCUGUGACUGUGAACUGUGUCGCCUCCGGACGACGCGCAUGUCCAAUCGGCAGUCGCUCGUUUUCGCCAUUUGACAGUGGUUUGACGAACGAUUGUUGAGAUUAUUCUUCGAUCGAUGUUAUUGUUGACCAUCAUCGUCGCYGUUACCAUACCGCUUGUGAUGUCUCCAUAACGGUCGUCGAUUACAAAUUACUUUGCGUUCAUUUCCGUGCUAACUAUGAUCGUGMCGUUUGAUAGUAUGUUUUUCCGAAUAACAGUUGGUUACACUCCACAUGCGUUCCAGAGUUUUGAGCACAAAAAUAUGUCCGAAUUCGAUUCGUAUUUUGAGUCGGGUACUUAGUUGCCAUUGGCGUACACUAGUCGGAUCCCAGAUUUAAAUGUUACAAAAUAUGAUCCACAAUAAGCCGGGCCCAUGCUCCUUUUACUAAAUAGUCUCAUUUAUGACGUUAGAUAUAAGCAAUGUCGAAAAAAAAUCAACAUGGUUAUUACAUAGCACGGCUGGCGGGUGCAGCGGAGCUAUUACACGUUUGGUCUGUCAACCAUUUGAUGUACUCAAAAUACGAUUUCAGUUACAAGUUGAGCCAUUAUCAAGAAAUUCAAAAAUCUCAAAGUACAAAUCUAUUCAUCAGUCAAUUAGUUUAAUAUACAAAGAAGAAGGCUUUAAGGCUUUAUGGAAAGGUCUUUUACCGGGACAAUUCUUAUCAACUACCUAUGGAUUGACACAAUUUCUAGUCUUUCAAAAAACUCUGGCAUUACUUUCAAUAACUGAGAAAGAAUUAAAUCAGACCUCAAGUGUUCACUUUUUAUGUGGUGUUUCGUCUGCCGCUGCUGCUACUUUGGUGUCAUAUCCAUUCGAUGUUGUGCGCACUCGUCUAGUAGCUCAAAAAUCGAAUCAAAUCUAUGCAAAUAUGAGAAGUGUAGCCAUAUCCAUGUAUAAGACAGAAGGUAUACCUGCAUACUACAGAGGGUUUUUCCCUACAAUACUGCAAAAUGCUUUCCAAGGCGGCUUCCUGUUCAUGUUUUAUAACAUAUUUUCCAAGUUUUCUUCAACGAAUACUAGUACUAAUACAACUAUUCAUGAUGGUUACAUGAACAGUAUAAAACAAUUUAGCUCUGGAUUCAUGGCAGGAGUAGCAGCAAAAACAAUUGUGUACCCACUAGACGUAGCAAAAAAACGGCUACAAUUACAAGAUUUUAUUCACUCUAGGGAUGGUUUUGGCAAGAAAUUUAUGUGCAACGGAUUAUUAGACUGUAUCUAUUUGACAAUUCGAGAAGAAUCAAUUAGUGGUCUGUUUAAAGGACUGUCUCCAUCAUUGAUUAAAGCUGGGUUCACAACUGCAUUACAUCUAACCCUUUACGAACAAACCUUAAAAUUACUACAACCUUUAGUCAUCAAUUAUUAGUUAUAAUAGCAGUAUWUAAAUUUCAUUACCAUUUUUCUAGAAAUGUAGUUUGGAAAUAAAUGACUAAAUAAUGUAAAAAU